AUGGCAAAGGCAAUGCAGAGCUUCCUGUUCUCUCCAUGGCCCAUGAAGGCUGAGAACAAACAGAGUGACCGGAAAGUGAAAAAACAAGAUGCCCCAACACCUUGUGAACGUCAUUGCUGUAAGGAGGGGCCGAUUAGAAAUGGCCAUGUUGGGCAGCGGCCACCAUCCAUCAACCCCGAGAGACUGAAAGAUUUUGGGGAGGAGGACUACCUGAAUGGGGACGUGAAGACUUGGGAAAUGAAGAUAGUGAGCCGUAAUGAGGAAUUGCUCAGAGAUGCCCUUGACCCAGUCACUCAGCCAAACAGUAGAAGCAGCCAGCCAACCUAUAACAAGCUGAUUCGAUUUGAAGAUAUUAGUGCUGCAGCUUUCAAAAUCCAGAGUGGUGUCCAGAAAACCCCCUGCAUGUAUUCUAGACUUUCAAAGCAAUAUGGAAUGGAUAUCUAUCUAAAGAAAGAGUUCCUUCAGUACACAGGAUCUGUAAAGGAGCGAGGUGUGCUUUACCUGCUAACAUCUCUACAGCAGGAGCAGCAGAAAAAGGGUGUGAUAGUGGCUUCUGACAGUAACUUUUCCAUGGCAGUAGCAUACCAUUCCUCAGAACUCCGCAUUCCAGUAUUUGUCAUCAUGUCUACCAGCACUUCGCCAGCCAGAGUGAAAAUGUGCCGUGAGUAUGGUGCCAUGGUGAUCUCCUAUGGCACUACAGCCAAGGAUUCCCAGAUCCAUGCAAGGAGGCUGGCCCAAGAGAAUGGCUAUCUAUACCUCGAAGAGGAGGACAGUGCUAUAUACCUGUCAGGACUGGGUACCAUGGGAUUGGAGAUAUAUGAACAAGUGCCAAAGCUGGAUGCAGUGAUUUUCCCUGCAGGAGGCCACUGUGGAUUGCUAGCAGGAUCAGCUGCUGCCCUCAAACAUCUCAACCCACACAUUGCUGUGAUUGGUGUUGAAUCGGAGAGUUUCCCUGUUUUACAACAAUCAUUAAAGAUAGGCCAUCCUAUUGAAGACCAGGCCUGUAGCAACCAUCAGUUUUAUGGAGAUAUGAGUGGACCUUGCUUUGGUACCAAUUCUUUGCAGUUGACUGGGAAGCUUGUAGACAAGGUUGUUACCGUGAGGGAAGAGGACAUUCUAAUUUCCAUGCUGCGGUUGCUGGAGUAUGAGAGAGCCACGGUGGAUGCGGAAGGGGCUAUUGGACUUGCAGCCUUAGUUGCUGGGAAGCUGCCAGAGUUAAAGAGUAAAAGAGUGGCAAUCACUAUAUGCAGUGGUAACUUGGAGCUACCUUUGAUGAGACAGUGCAUAGAUCGUGCCCUGACCCUUGACAACAGAGUCUGCAAAUUUUCCCUCCUUCUCUCGGACUGUCCAGGAAAUAUUUCAAAGCUACUGGAGAUACUGACUCGGGAGGAAGUGAGGGUGUUGGACAUCAAACAAGAACACAUGUUUGUGAUAUCUGAUCUCUUCACUAUUAAGGCUUUCCGUUCCAGUAGACUCUCAGUUGUACUGCAACAGGAUUUGGAUGGCUAUCUAAUCUAA